UUGAAGUGCCGCUCAGAGCGCCGGCGCCUCAUUGUUUAUAUCCAGUGUUGGCCCAUUUUUAUCGACCCAUUGUUUACCAAACGCCAGAGAAGAUAUGGUGAAACGGUGAUCAAAAAUUAGAAUUAACUUAGAAAGUUGUGUUCGGCCCUUGUUAUUAGAUAGUGUUGCCAGAACUUUUUAGAUAUUCAAGUAGAAUGCCCUGCUGACAAGAAUGAGCGAUAGAUAAUGCCCGGUGCCGAUGUAUACAACGCUUUCUCGUGCACUAAGAAAAAUGCAGAUAACUGCGAGCGAUAGGAUUCCUCACUGAUGCCAACUGUUUUCUCGGACUCAAAUAUCACAAAAGCUUUUUGCGUAACGUUAGCAGUAUUUUAAAAAGUAUCACUCGCCCAAGAAUGGCACAUGUUUUUGCUCUCACAAGUGAUAGUGGCAUUCCUAUAUUUAGUCGAAGUUUAGGAAAUGCAGCGGAAUCACCGUUGAAUUUCGCCGAAAUUGGCACCCUCAAUGGAGUCCACUUAUUCUGUGCUCUUCGUGGCGCUCAGCUUCAUCGCUCAGAGACGUUCAACGGUACAGCCGUUCACUGGAAGGUCUAUUAUGACGCGAUCACCUUGACUCUUGUUCUUCUAUCCGACUGCCGGCCGGAUUUCGUUUCCGAGGAACUUGUUCGUCAGCUGUUGGAUAGCAUCUUCCAGGUGCUUACCUUUCAUGCGGGAUUAUCUUCUUUGAAAAACAUUUCGAUAAGUAUCGAACGAGUGAAACGAGACAUCAAGCCAGGCCUGGCUAUCAUCGACGCACUCGUCAGUUCGUUGAUUGGCGAACGCGAGCAAGGCGAACCGCUUAGCGAAACUUUUCGUCCCCCAUGUAUCCUGCCGGCAACUAUUCCUUAUCACCCGCUGUUAGCUGGACCUGCUAUACAGAACGUGUCCGUCUACCUUGAGGCCUACACGACACGAAUUGACGCCUCUUAUGGGUUCGUCGUAUUCGAGGAUUUUCUGCUCCUCGGAACUAAAAGUUUCAACGCUUUGCCGACAGGCGAUCAGUCGAUUCUUGUGCUACAGGCAGCAUUCGUUGAGAUGGCAGCCAACAAGAGGGCAUUCGAGGGCGGUAUAUUUUUACCGGAUAGCUCGCCAGAUAGCUGUAAUCGACUCGUUGUUGUAUGUGUCGGCGGAAACUUCCGAGUAUGUGUGUUAGCGCUUCCGGAAACAAAUAUAGCUAUUCUUGAAGAGCAUGCCCUUGGUCUAGCGGCAUUUCCACCCCAUGUUCUCGAAGCCAAUACGACAGCCUGGCUCCGAGAAAGCCGAAGGACCAUCCUGGAGAAUUUGCACCACUCGGUAGCGGCCUUAUCAUUUGUAGGCCGCAAAAGGCAUCAUUUGCGAUGGUUUGCCGAUCCCCAGCUAAAGGUCAUGCUUCAACUGCAGGAAUGCGUGAAGUUCAACUUUGGCACGGAGGAAACUGAUGGCUUUUGCCGUUUCGGUGAAUUGCCAAAUAGCUACGUGGCCUGUCAUCGAGUACACGAUGGGCAAAAAUUGUUUGUUGUGCUUAGCAAUGUUCCUUUAUUCGCCGUCAGCACUUUAGUAGAUAAAAUAUUUAAAUACAUUUCGUCAAAGUGCUCGUAGAGAAAACUAAAAGACAAACAAAGUCAAUAUAUAGCCCCAACCAGAGGAAUAUAUACGACAUGAUAAGCCUGUACUUACGCGAAAAAUAUUAUAUCCCAUCAUGCGUGGACCUGCGAGUUGAAGUUGAAAGUUACAAACCAUAGCAUUCAUUGAAUGCUAUGGUUUGUAACUUUGUAGCUUCAUUAUUCAAUAUAGCGGCACCAUUAACUUUUCGUCGUGUGUCGCUGGUGAUGUUUGCAAGUGAAAUCCGUUUUUGAUUGCAAUUUUUUUAAGUGUCAGUCAAUGGUUGAUUUUACCUUAUAGCGAUUGAAGAAUACCCAUGUAUAAUAUUUUAGAAUAUAUGGAAAAAUUUUGAAUUCAAAAUGUUAUAUAGGUCAAAAUUUACUUGUAGUCAAUUUCUGCCAUGAGCAAGAAAGGCAUCAUAUUCGUCGAAAACGCUUCGAUGAUAUGACUGAACAAAAAAAAAUAUACGUCAGCCAUAAAUAAUUGUGUAAAACUAGAAGGAAAAUAUUUUUCUUCCUAUAAUUGGCUGUGAUUAUGGCUAUAACAGAAGUUUUUCUUAAUUAUUUACUACUAAGUUAGGUAGGUAAAACAUUAUGAUUAGUCUAAUGUAGGUUUAAAGUCUGCUUUUGAAUAACCCGAAUGUGGCGCCAUCUAUGAGUUCGAGAGGAGGAAAGGAACUGUGCGUAUCAUUCUCUAAAACAAACCAAUUUGACCGGAUUGUCACCCGUACAAUAAUGCUGGCUAUGCAUGAUUUUUGUAUAAUUAUCCAUAGUGUAGGCUGAUCUAUGUUCACAAUUAUCGGCCAUGUAGUGCACAAGCCGUUUUGUCCAAACGAUGCGUUAGGCCAAUUUAGCUAUUUACAUUUCUUUCAAAAGUAACCCAGGUGAUAAGUUGUUGACGGCGACGACAUAUGUUACAACAAAUGAAAGGCCAUGAUGUCUUAGUAUAGUGCAUAUACACAUUCAUACUAACCUGGGUUGUGGUCUCGGUCCUAUUAAUUUUUGUGUGAGACUGCCAUAGACACCAUUCGAUCUCAUAUAGAUUUGAAAUUGAACAAGUUUAUAAAAGUAUCAUAGAUAAACGGAACGCUCAGCAGAAGUUCGAUAAGUUACAACAGAAAUACUUACAAGUCCCGUAUAUCCCCAUUUUUCGAAAUUUGCCUAAAGAAAAAAUUUUGUAACGCGAAUUUCUGACCCGGGAAGAUUCCGUUGAAGCUUUUAUUGUAUUAAAAUCUCAGAAUAACGCCCCAUUACUAUAAAAAAGCGAGGUGAAUUAUAUUUGUUUCUGUCCCCUAUAUUUUUCUUUUAUUUAGCAGUUCUGCGUUUUUUCCUGAAAUGAUUGCGAAUGCGGUACCCGCAAAUGCCUAUUGUAUUACAAGUUGUGCCUUUGUAGGUGGAUAACGAGGAAGACUUCAGAUAUCGGUGUAGUAGGGAAGUUGUGCAGCAUUAAAACUCUAAGUGAAAACGAAUUAAUUAGU